AUGCCAACUCAUUCAUUCCCAGUACUUAACCAGCAAUUCAUUGUGGACACAAAGUACCAGUUCAUUCGCGAGAUUGGUCAGGGCGCAUAUGGUGUCGUCUGUGCUGCAAAGAAUACGCAGACUGGUGAAGAUGUGGCUAUCAAAAAGGUCACCAAGGUCUUUGAAAAGGCCAUUCUUGCAAAGCGCGCCUUACGUGAAGUCAAGCUCCUGCGUCACUUCUCAGGACACGAGAAUAUUACCUCUAUCCUGGAUAUGGAUAUCACCAAUGUGCAGGACUUUAAUGAAAUCUAUCUUGUCCAGGAAUUGAUGGAGGCGGAUCUUCAUCAGAUUAUCCGAUCGGAACAGCCCUUGACAGACGCCCAUUUUCAGUACUUUAUUUAUCAAAUUUGCCGCGGACUCAAGUACAUUCAUUCCGCCAAUGUCCUGCACCGCGACUUGAAACCUGGUAACUUGCUCGUCAACGCCGACUGCGAACUCAAGAUUUGUGAUUUUGGAUUGGCUCGUGGAUUCAGUGAUGAUGCAGAGUCAAAUGUUGGCUUUAUGACCGAAUAUGUUGCCACUCGUUGGUAUCGUGCCCCUGAAAUCAUGUUAAGCUUUCAAAGCUAUACCAAGGCCAUUGACAUGUGGUCAGUGGGAUGCAUUUUUGCAGAAAUGCUUGGAGGAAAACCAUUGUUCAAGGGACGAGACUAUGUUGACCAACUGAAUCAAAUCCUUCAGAUUCUGGGAACACCUGAUGAAGCUACUCUUCGACGUGUGGGUAGUGAAAGGGCUCAAGCGUACAUUCGAAGCUUACCCCGAAUGCCAACGAUUCCUUUCCAACAGCUAUAUCCUCGAGCCAGUCCUUUAGCCAUUGACCUUCUGCAAAAGUUGUUGAACUUUGAUCCUGCUGCUCGCAUCACAGUUGAACAAGCCUUGGCCCAUCCUUACUUGGCUGCCUACCAUGAGGAAGAUGAUGAACCUGUUCAUGAGAAAGCCUUUGACUUUUCUUUCGAGGUGACAGACCGUAUUGAUGAGAUGAAGAGUAAGUGA